UUCUGCGCUAUUCGUUCGGUGAGGAUUUUAUUUUAUUUUGUUACUGUAAGAAGUUGACCAUCACUUAUUUGCGCAACAUCUGCUUCUUCACUCAGGUGUAGAGACGGUAGCGCCAGAUCCAGAUCUACAGAUAAUUUAUUUUGAUGUUUUGUGUACAUCAAAAGUGGGAAGAAUUCUAAAUACUUGAUUUUUUGUGCAGGCUUUGAGCUUUGGCAGUUUGGAAUUUGGACUGCUGCUUGGCCGUUGCUUCUAGUAUAUUCACGGCUGCGGCAGGUGAUAAUACGACAUACACCGCUCUUUGACUCUUUCUUUCGUAGUUUGCGUAAUCGGUCGAAUCAGUGCUUCACCGCAAGUGUUUUCGAUAUAUAAAGCACAUAGUGGGACACUCAUCUUCGCCACAUCACGAGGACAUAAAAGAUGGAGACGGAAGCGAGAUCAAUUCUCGCGACAAUAGACGAAGAGAAGAUCGACUCCGGCCAGCAGCGGCUUCAAGAGCUUGGAUACAAACAGGAGCUCAAGCGAUCCAUGUCGCCUCUAGCAAAUGUUGCGAUGUGCUUCUCAGUGGUGUCCAUACUUACUGGAGUCACUCCAACGUACAACACUGGCCUUCGAUAUGGAGGCCCGGUGUCCAUCGUUUAUGGAUGGCCUAUAGUGUGCUUCUUUACCACAUGUAUUGCCCUGUCCAUGGCAGAAAUCUGUUCAGCGUAUCCUACAUCAGGGGGCCUCUACUUCUGGAGUUACAAGCUCGCAGGCUGCAAAUGGGGACCGUUUAUGGCAUGGAUGACCGGAUGGUUCAACAUUGCUGGACUGUGGUCGGGACCAGCGAGCGUUUGUUUCUCACUUGCGCUGUUACUACAAGUGACAAUCCUUGUAAGCACUGGAGGGGCUAAUGGAGGCGGCUACUAUGCUUCCAAGUACGUGGUUGUCUGCAUUUACGGUGCAAUACUCUUGCUCCAUGGACUGAUCAACGUGCUUAAUGUUCGAUGGUUUUCUUGGCUGGGAAACAUCGCUGCUUUAUGGAACAUCUUGGGUGUGGUUAUGAUUGGAGCUUUCCUACUGGCGCUUUUGCCUCGGCAAAAAGCAUCGUCAGUGUUCAGCAACUUCAACCAAGACAGCAGCACCGGGAUUCACAGCAAGCCAUACAGAUUUUUACUGGGAUUGCUCAUGAGCCAAUACACUCUUCUGGCAUACGACUCUGCGGCUCACAUGUCCGAGGAGACAAAGACCGCCGACAAAACCGGUGGUUAUGGCAUCAUUGGCGCGGUUCUAGGCUCCGUGUUGCUGGGAACUAUUUACCUUUUACCCCUGGUGUUCACGAGUAUUGAUGUUCCACACUUACUAGACCCAGGCAAUGACACCAAAGGAUACGCGAUUGCGCAGCUGCUUUAUAAUGGUUUUGAGCGCCAUUUCCACGAUGCAAGAUGGAGUUUUCUCCUGUUGAUAAUGCCUUGCGGAGGGCUCUACUUCUGUGGAUUGCUCAGUGUUACAACAACUUCAAGGAUGACAUAUGCGUUCUCUAGAGAUGGAGCCUUACCUCUGUCGCGGUUCUGGCAUAAGCUGAACGGGAAGGAGGUUCCUGGCAACGCAGUUUUCUUGUGCAUUGUCGUUGCCUUCUGUCUAGCUUUACCGUACCUGGCAAGCGAAGUUGCAUUUCAAGCGACGCUUUCUAUCUCCACAAUUGCAUUUGAUAUUGCGUAUGGUCUGCCGAUACUGCUUCGCGUUACAGGCGCAAGGCAUAACUUCGUUCCGGGGCCGCUCCACCUCGGAAGAUUUUCUCUCGUCAUUGGCUGGCUGGCUGUUGGCUGGGUGAUGGUGAGCACCGUAUUAUUUUGCCUGCCGGUGGCGUAUCCUGUCACGAUAGAGACGCUCAAUUAUGCUCCAGUCGCACUGGGAGGCGUGUCGAUGUUCACAUUGGGUUACUGGUUUUUAAGUGGGAGGCACUGGUUCCAAGGACCCGUCCCAAACAUUGGAUCUUUGGAAACGUAGCCGGCGAGCCUACUGACAACGAUGACAAAUCGCGAGUAUUAUGAACUCCGAGAGGCCAGGUCACGCGUGCAUUUCUAAGCAAGAUCUUGUUUUUCCAGAACAAGGAUUCAGUUUCUGUACGAAACCAGAUCGAGCAGAUACGUUGUCUCUCUGGAGAGGCCUCUCAGCUAAUUUGUCGCUGUGAAUUCUUUUUGCAGCACACAGCGUUUUACGAAAUGCGUGCACAUAAUCUCAUUUCUUAAUCUGCGAAUUCUCAAAGUGCACUGAUAUGAUCCUCGUCGGUAAAAAAAUCGAUGGUAAGCUCUUUGGCUGUGUAUACUCGCCGAGUCAAUAAUGCUGUAUUUCUACUAAAGA